AUGGCUAUUGAUUUGAUUCGGAUUAUUGGAAUGAGGAAUGAGGACGAUAUCGAUUGCGAUGCGAAAGAAAUAUGCUUCCGGAAAUUCCACACUAUCCAGAACGGUUCAUUUUUUCAAAGAAUUGAAGUACCAUCAUUAUUGCGAUGUGUAGAACAGUGCAUUGACAACAUUGAACAUUGUAAAGCGGCGUUGUUUAUACCUGAAGAAAAUAAGAAUAAAAGUUUCUGCCAGCUGUAUGAUACAAAUUCAAAUUCAAGUGACAAUGGUAUCACAUUGGAUAAUUCUUUAAAUUCGACAAGUACUGUGUUCGAAAUUCUUGAUAAGUGCCCGGCAACAAAUGCUUCUACAAAUUCAGGAAAUAAUUUGAUGGAGAUGAUAAAAUUAGAACUAAGGCAGAAACUUGAAUCAUGGUCCGAUCCAGAACUAUCACCUUUACUGCCACAAGAUGCGCAGCGUUUUAGAAAUGACGAAUCGACAAGGAAGAGUAAAAUAUCAAAUGAUAGAAAAAAGUUAAGCAGAGAAGCUCAUUUUUUAAGUCAAAAUGAUCGCUAUGGAUGGUCCAACAAUGUAGCAGAGCGGUCGAGAAACGCAAACUACGAACCGGUUAGACCAGUAAUUGAUGGGUUAGUGCCAUUGGAUCAAAAUGGUUUUAAUCCUUCGUCUUCACUUAACAAACUUUUACCACAUGCAAAUCAUUACCCAUCAACUUUAUCGCAAAUUUCCAAUACCAACAAUAAUUAUUUACCAAGACAGGGUUAUUCAUUUACAAACAAUGAAAUACCGCUUCUAUCACCUAUUAAACCGGUUGUUGUAAAUCAUGGUCGACAAGGAAUAAUUUAUAGUAGUUGUCAAGGAAGAAACUGUUACGCAUCAUCAUUGGCUUACCUUCAAAAAUCAAGCUAUAACUGGCCAUGUCCAAUUUAUCCAUCUCCUUGUCAACCAAAAAUACCUAAUUCUUGCGUUACUAGAUGUCCACAAGUAGACACAACUUCUCCCAAAACAGCAUUGUUCAAUGAAGAAUGGUCCGAAAGCCAUAUCAACAAACAACAGCAAUUCAAUAAACCUGAACCGGAAAGUGUGUCAAGUAGUCCGUCAAUACCAAUUCAAUCUACAGAGAAUAUGAUAAUUUCCUGGUCAGAAUGGUCACCACAAACUGCGUGUUCAGUUACCUGUGGGAUAGGUAUAACAAUGCGGAAACGAUUUUGCUCAGUUGAUGGGCAAUGUAAAGGUGAAUCGGUGAAGGAAGAAUUGUGCAACAGUGGUCCGUGUCCAGAAUGGAAGCCUUGGUCAGAAUGGACUGAAUGUUCGCGGAGUUGUGGCGGUGGUGAGCGAUCUCGCUCGCGCAUUUGUUCCGUUAGCAAGCAGUGUGAUGGGCCUUCAGUGAGCAUUGAAGCAUGCAAUGUUGAGAAUUGUGGACAGUGGUCUGCAUGGGGUAGUUGGGAAGAGUGCUCUGUGACCUGUGGAAUUGGACAACAAAUAAGACGAAGGCAAUGUGUGGGCGGUGAUUCGUGCAUUGGUGAUAGCAUUGAGAAAAAGAUAUGCAAAGAAGCACUUUGUCCUUCUUGGUCCACUUGGGAACCGUGGAGCACGUGCAGUGUCAGUUGCGGUAAUGGACAAAGGCAUCGAACAAGGAUUUGUUAUGGUAGUAACAAUUGUAUCGGAGAUGCCGAAGAACAUGAAGUAUGCGAGAUGAAUUCAUGUCCACAAUGGACCGACUGGUCAUCGUGGACACAGUGCACUGAAACCUGCGGUACAAAAGGAAGUAAACUACGUGUAAGGACAUGCAUGAGAAAUAAUUUGAUAAGUUCUCUUUGUGAUGGUGCAGCACAAGAUCAAAUGGCAUGCAGAGAUCUCCCCGAAUGUCCUAGCUGGAUUUCAUGGAGUUCCUGGUCAAUAUGUAGUGUCACUUGUGGACAUGGUCAAGAAAAUAGACAACGAUCUUGCCUUCCGACAAACAUGAAAUGCGCCGGUGCCGAUCGAGAGUUUCGAUUUUGUCAGGAAUCGGUAUGUCCAUAUUGGGACGAAUGGUCCUCAUGGAGUACCUGCUCUGUUACCUGUGGUUUUGGUACUCGCGAACGAAGAAGACAAUGCAUGGAAGAUGAUGUAAUUAAAACUGUCAUUAAAGAAGGCUUCUCUCUGGGAGAUGUAACAAAUACUUCGCAACUCAGUAAUAAUACAUUAACGUCAACUGUGCCAUCUAUUGACGAAAAUAAUUCAGUGGUUAAGUUUCUUCGAGAUAACAGCAGUUGUAUUGGGAAUUCUGUGGACAGGGAACAGUGUAAUGCAGGCCUUUGUUGUCAACUUACCGAAUGGACAACGUGGACUACCUGCAGUGUUACUUGUGGAGGCGGCGGCAUUCGUGAAAGACACCGAACCUGCUCUUCUCAGAUUGAUAGAUCGCGAAUUUAUGAACUUAAUAGGUCACCAAAUUAUUCAAAAGUUAUACGAAAACACGUACCGGUAGAACCAAUUAUGCGGCAUAGAUUAGGUCCUGCUACCGUCGGACAUUAUGGGAGACAAGGCUUACAACGGAUUAUACCGGUAAAAUUCGAAAAUUUAAUGCGAAUACGUCGGCAAGCGACAAAUGUUCAUAAUUUUGGGUUAUUUGAACAAGAUGAUUUUGUACGAAAAGAUGAAUCUCUUUGUCGUUGUGAUGGAGAACUGCGGGAGGUGGAUAGCUGUGCCGAAAACCCGUGUUCCGAGAUAAGCAAUGCUCCGAUAUGUGGUUGGUCUCAUUGGACCGAAUGGUGUGGUUGUACCGGAUCAUGUAAUCAGGGCAGUCAGAUACGUACUCGGUACUGCACGGAUAAUAUCCCAGCAAGUGAACAUACAUCAAAUAGCAACACUGAAAGAACCCAUUGCAUUCUUCCGGAAUGCUCCAUGGGGCAAGAAUCACGGCAAUUAUCUACGAUAAAACAGAAUACAGAAUCUCGUCCGUAUUCAACUCAGACAAAUUCCUAUAUCCUUCCUCAGUAUAACUGUCACCAAAUAAUACCAAUCGUCAAACGUGGCACCAACAUGGACUCAACAAAAGCUAAAUGUGACUGUGAUGGUAAGCUUGUGGAACAGAUUGAAUGCUUCUGUUCACAAAUGAAAAUAAAUGAGAGUGUCACACCACCAUCGAGAGGUGCUGGAAUAUCUGAAGAACGAAUGACCGCUUAUCGCAGUUCCUGUUCAUGGUUACAGUGGGGACGAUGGAGUGCUUGCUCUGAGACCUGUGGUACUGGGAAGACUGUACGAAAACGUUACUGUCCUUGCAGGUCCUGUAAUUUUGGAGAAUCUAUAGAAAUACAAUCGUGUGAGUUAAAAAGUUGUUAA